GUGGAUAUUGGAAAGCCAAAUCUACAGAUCUUCGAUGGGUUCCUCUUGCUUGUAUGUGAUUAUUUGGUGAUUCAGGCAACAAGCAUACCAAGUGAACAAAUAUUUAGUGUGGCAAAAAUCAAUCCAGAAAGAAAUCGUUUGGAUUCAGAAAAAGCUCGUGCAACUCUUUGCCUCAAGACUUGA